GAUAUUCUGCGCGCGCUAAUUAGACUACCUAAUUGCCAUUCCCUCCACGUAGACUACACCUUAGGACAGGGUAAUUCAGAAGGGGCGCCGAAUCUGGUUAGCCCACAAGAGGAUAAACAGAAGAUCUUAUGCAUCGUGAGAGCACUUGACUCGGUGAUAGAUCGUUAUAAGGAUACAGUUCGCGGUACUAGUCACAAUAUUCUCUGCUGGCUGCUCAGCUUAAGGCUGCAGAGUCGCCGAGAGCUUGCUUUUAAUCUCAUGGCAGAGACAAGUAGCGAGGUUAGAUAUCAA